AGAGAAAGAAAGAGAGAGAGGGACUUGAGUUCUGUUAUCUUCUUAGUAGAUUCAUACUGUAAGGGUCUCAGGGGGUGGGGGGGACUGACAAAAUCCUGGAGCCAGAAGAGAGGACAGCGGCAUUGAUCAAUCUUACAGCUAACAUGUUGUACCUGGAAAACAAUGCCCAGACUCAAUUUAGUGAGCCACAGUACACAAACCUGGGGCUCCUGAACAGCAUGGACCAGCAGAUUCAGAACGGCUCCUCAUCCACCAGCCCCUACAACACAGACCACGCGCAGAACAGCGUCACGGCGCCCUCGCCCUAUGCACAGCCCAGCUCCACCUUCGACGCCCUGUCGCCAUCACCAGCCAUCCCCUCCAACACCGACUAUCCAGGCCCGCACAGCUUCGACGUGUCCUUCCAGCAGUCAAGCACAGCCAAGUCCGCCACCUGGACGUAUUCCACCGAACUGAAGAAGCUGUACUGCCAGAUUGCAAAGACAUGCCCCAUCCAGAUCAAGGUGAUGACCCCACCUCCGCAGGGCGCUGUCAUCCGAGCCAUGCCUGUCUACAAAAAAGCCGAGCAUGUCACUGAGGUGGUGAAGCGCUGCCCCAACCAUGAGCUCAGCCGGGAAUUCAAUGAGGGACAGAUCGCACCCCCUAGUCAUUUGAUUCGGGUGGAAGGAAACAGCCAUGCCCAAUACGUAGAAGACCCCAUCACAGGAAGACAGAGUGUGCUGGUCCCAUAUGAACCACCCCAGGUUGGCACUGAAUUCACCACAGUCUUGUACAAUUUCAUGUGUAAUAGCAGUUGUGUUGGAGGGAUGAACCGCCGUCCAAUUUUAAUCAUCGUUACUCUGGAAACCAGAGAUGGGCAAGUCCUGGGCAGACGCUGUUUUGAGGCUCGGAUCUGUGCUUGCCCAGGUCGAGACCGGAAGGCGGAUGAAGACAGCAUCAGAAAGCAGCAAGUCUCGGACAGCACAAAGAAUGGUGAUGGUACGAAGCGCCCUUUUCGUCAGAACACGCAUGGCAUCCAGAUGACGUCUAUCAAGAAGCGAAGGUCCCCAGAUGAUGAACUGUUGUAUUUACCAGUGAGGGGCCGUGAGACCUACGAAAUACUGUUGAAGAUCAAGGAGUCGCUGGAACUCAUGCAGUACCUCCCCCAGCACACGAUUGAAACGUACAGACAGCAGCAACAGCAGCAGCACCAGCACUUACUUCAGAAACAGAACCCGAUGCAGUCACAGGCUUCAUACGGUAACAGCUCCCCACCUCUGAACAAAAUGAACAGCAUGAACAAGCUGCCUUCCGUGAGCCAGCUUAUCAACCCUCAGCAGCGCAACGCCCUCACUCCCACCACCAUUCCUGAUGGCAUGGGAGCCAACAUUCCUAUGAUGGGCACCCACAUGCCAAUGGCUGGAGACAUGAAUGGACUCAGCCCCACCCAAGCCCUCCCUCCCCCACUCUCCAUGCCAUCCACCUCCCACUGCACCCCCCCACCUCCGUACCCCACAGAUUGCAGCAUUGUCAGUUUCUUAGCGAGGUUGGGCUGCUCAUCAUGUCUGGACUAUUUCACGACCCAGGGGCUGACCACCAUCUAUCAGAUUGAGCAUUACUCCAUGGAUGAUUUGGCAAGUCUAAAAAUCCCUGAGCAAUUCCGCCAUGCCAUCUGGAAGGGCAUCCUGGACCAUCGGCAGCUCCAUGACUUCUCCUCUCCUCCCCACCUCCUGCGGACCCCAAGUGGUGCCUCUACAGUCAGUGUGGGCUCCAGUGAGACCCGAGGUGAGCGUGUCAUUGACGCCGUGCGCUUCACCCUCCGCCAGACCAUCUCUUUCCCACCUCGUGACGAGUGGAAUGACUUCAACUUUGACAUGGAUGCCCGUCGCAACAAGCAGCAACGCAUCAAAGAAGAAGGGGAAUGAGCCCCAUUGUGUGAACUUCUACUACCCUCUUCCUGCCUGUCCACUCCUUACAAAGCACUGCUGCCUGGUCUUCAAAGCAUUCUCCUAACUCCUCUCCUUUCUCUUCUUAGCCUGAUUUCUUAUGGGAAAGAGAGGUAAGAGGCUACCUCUUACCAAAUGCUAAUGUCUGGCCUGGCGUCUGGCUGCAUUUCUGGCUCUAAGCCUCAGUUCUAUUGCUUGCAGAACUGGAGUUACCAUGGCUAUGUAGAAGUGCGAAAAAAAAAAACACAACACAAAACCAGAGGGUGUCUCCAUAAGCUGCAGAAAUCUCUUGUAGACUUUUAUAAAGCAUUUUCACUCCAAUAGUCUAAGACUAUAUAUAAAUAUAUAAAUAAAUAUAUAAAUAUACAGUAUAUAUUUGUGGGUGUGGGGCAUUAGAUAUUGUUUAAAAUGUAAUUUAAAGAAAAGGAAAUUGAGUUGCACUUAUGGACUUUUUUUUAAACUCUCUUAUUUGUGCCCAUUCUCUCAAGGGCUGCCAUAUAUGUUAACAGUUGGGUAGAACUUGAUGACAUCUGUGACAAUGAUGUAUAUAUAGGUCCUUUUGAGUUUUUGAUGCUGCAACUAUAUCACAUCAAAUUCUGUUUAGAUUCAGUUGCAU